AUGGAAUUCUUAUUCGGUCGUCGAAAAACACCAGCUGAAUUGCUUCGCCAGAAUCAGCGAGCACUGAAUAAAGCAAUGCGUGAACUGGACAGGGAACGAUCCAGAAUGGAGAUGCAAGAGAAGAAGAUUAUUGCCGAUAUUAAAAAGAUGGCAAAAAUGGGUCAAAUGGAAUCAGUCAAGGUGAUGGCCAAAGAUCUGGUGAGAACGCGUCAUUAUGUGAAGAAGUUCAUCAUGAUGAAAGCGAAUAUUCAAGCUGUAUCGCUCAAGGUUCAAACACUGAAAAGUCAAGACGCCAUGGCACAAGCGAUGAAAGGCGUAACGACUGCGAUGAAGAGCAUGAAUAAACAAUUGAAUUUGCCACAAAUUCAGAAAAUUAUGAUGGAAUUCGAGAAACAAUCAGAAAUAAUGGACAUGAAAGAAGAAAUGAUGGGUGAAGCAAUUGAUGACGCGAUGACUGAGGAGACAGACGAAGAAGAAAGUGAAGCUAUCGUAAAUCAGGUUCUUGAUGAACUCGGCAUACAAAUGAACGAAGAAUUAGGUGCCUUACCGACAGCGCAAGGAACCUUAGCGCCGAAGGCAUCAGAGGCUAAACAGCAACCAACGGCUUUGUCAGAUGCAGACGCCGAUUUACAAGCCAGACUCGAGAACUUACGUCGAGAAUGA